AUCUCACCCUUUAUAUUUCACAAGAGCAACAAGACACCGAAAUGGUGGCACUUACUACUCUUGUGUUGUGUGCUACUAGUAAUGAAAUGAAAUUCCACGCAAAACUCCACAAAAGCCACCUUCUUUGAUUCAAGAAAUCAACACCGAGUUUUCAAAAUCCCAUUUUGUUUUCCCUUCCUUUUUUCCUAUAUAAACCAACCUUUUAAUUUCCUUCUGAAUUAAUACUCCUUGAUCUGGUGUGAAGAUGGACACUACUGACUGGGAAGUCCUUUCUUAUGAUGGCCUUUCUGAUUUUGAUGACUAUGACUUGUGCACCUCACCAAAAUUCAAGAAAGCCUCUGAAGCAUCAAGGAAUUUUCAUCCAAGGGUGCCUAAACAGAUUCUUCAUAUUCCAAUUCAAUUGGAACCGAGAAUUGGGAAGGCCCCAGAUGAAGGGUCAAUGGAAGAAAACACUAAGGAUCAUCAUCGUGUUGAGGUCCCUCUUGUUCCAUCAUCACCAACUACCAUUGAGAAUAUCAAAGGAGGGAUUUUGGAGGCUGAUUAUGACACUGUUGCACACCUUUUCUCCAAGAUCAAGGAAAUUGAGUCUCCAAAGUCCAUUGAUAGAGGAUUGUUGUUCCCUGAUAUGGGUGCUUUGAAAUUUGAGGACAAAGGUGGUGAUCAGGCACAAGAGAUCAUCAUGGCCUCUCCAAGAAUGAAGAUUGAGAAAGAAAUUGAUACUAUUAUGGACUGUGGCAAAGAAGUGGAGGACUCUAGUGGUGGUUUUAACUUUUGGAAGUGGAGCUUGAAUGGUGUUGGGGCUAUAUGUUCUUUUGGGUUUGCUGCUGCCACAAUCUGUGUCCUAAUUCUUGGAAGCCAGCAAAGGAACAACAAAAUCCAGCAGGAUCAGAAGAUUUGGUUCCAGAUCUACACUGAUGACAAGAGGAUUAAGCAAGUGGUGCAUGCAACCAAAUUGAAUGAAGCAAUGGCAGCAGUGAGUGGUGUUCCUCUGAGUAGAGCUCGCAUAACCUGUGGUGGUUACUAUGAUGGCCUUUGAUUGAGCAUUGAUUAAGGAAGUUUCGGAUAGUACAAUGGGCCAACUAUACUACUAUUCUAGAUCUAUCAUAUAGUUUUUUUUUCUUUUCUUGUAAAUAAAAUAAUGAGGAUGGUGCCUUGUAAAUUAAGCUACAGCUUAGGGGCUCUUUUAGUAUUAUUAGUACUAUUAUUUUAUCGAUAUGGUUUUGGAGGAUAAAAAAGUUCAUCUGGAAGGUUGGCCCAAGUUCUGGAGCAAUUGUUGGAAGAAAGGUUUUCAAAAUGAAUGAGUGGGGUAGCGUGAAAAUGGGUAUAGAAAAUUGAUUUUGUUGUUAGGCAUGCUCUGAUGCUCACUCAAAUGUUGGCACAGGUAGGCAGAAUUUAAGUGUGGCAGCAAUUAUUAAUGCUUUGGACAUAAAGUCAAGUCAUAAAGAAAAGAUCAUUGUUUAAUUAAUGAUCCCUCAUUUACUUUUAUGAGCUUAAUUACCAA